AUGUCGUCCAGAACCCAGGGGGCCACUGCUUCCCCGUCAAUUGCACCGACCAAGAGUGUUGGCCCUGAAUACCGAUCAGAGACCCAAAAGCCAACGGCUACAGUGUCCAGCAAGGUCAAAUUCGACAAUGUCACCGUCCUGCCUCAGACGCCACAGCUUAUCGCGCUGCUCACAACAGGAGAGGAACUCAUGCUUACACCGUGCUGCAGCAUCAUCCGUGACAAGAACACGGAACGGGGAGACUUCAUCUUCUACUCUAACCGGAUUAUUCGUCUCCUGGUUGAGGAGGGCUUGAACCACCUGCCUACCGUCGAGCACACCGUCACGACCCCCGUAGGCCGGGCCUAUGAUGGCCUCAUGUUCCAGGGCAAGAUCUGCGGCGUAUCCAUCAUGAGGGCUGGAGAGUCCAUGGAACAGGGUCUGCGGGACUGCUGCCGCUCGGUCAGGAUUGGCAAGAUCCUCAUCCAGAGAGACGAGGAGACCGCACAGCCCAAGCUGUUUUAUGACAAGCUGCCCGAGGACAUUGCUAGCAGAUGGGUGCUUCUGCUAGACCCUAUGUUUGCAACUGGUGGAUCGGCCAUCAUGGCUGUUGAUGUACUCAAAUCAAAGGGCGUCCCUGAGGAAAGGAUACUGUUUCUCAACCUCAUCGCGAGCCCAGAGGGCAUCAAGAGAUUUGCGACCAAGUUCCCCAAGCUACGGGUCGUCACAGCCUUCGUUGAUGAGGGACUCGAUGAAAAGAACUAUAUCAUUCCCGGCCUCGGCGAUUUUGGCGACAGGUAUUACACUAUGUAG